CAAGCGGAUGACAAGCGCUCGGAGACGAAGUUGUACAAACACCCAGGUAUUGGGGUGGAAAGGCGCUUUUUAAGAAGGUUAAACGGAAGUAAACUUUACGUCUACAAACUGGAAUACGGUUUUUUUUAAAUGUUAACUUGCUUAAUGUGAAAGUAUUUAUAUCCUCAGUUUUCUAUUUGCACUAGUUAACGGUACUUCAACUACUGCGAACCUUUUAUUUUUUUACGAAAGAACUGGAUCACUCGUCUGUGGAAGGAGACGUUUCCUCUGCAACCAGCACUUUGUUCAUUUGCCUGGCUCCAGCUGAACGUUGUAUUGUGCAAGUCUUGAUCCCACGUGAGACUUCGAGCAGCUUCUGGAAAUACUGAUUAUUUUGCACCUGGCCAGUUUAGCAGCUAUGCAGCUGGAAAUCCAAGUAGCACUCAACUUUAUCAUUUCUUACCUGUACAAUAAGCUGCCACGGCGUCGCGUCAACAUUUUUGGUGAGGAGCUGGAGCGGCAGCUUAAACAGAAGUACGAGGGACACUGGUACCCGGACAAGCCAUACAAAGGGUCUGGGUUCCGCUGUAUUCACGUUGGGGAGAAAGUGGACCUGGUCGUUGAGCAAGCAGCCAAAGAGAGUGGGCUGGACAUUGAAGAUGUGCGCAACAACCUGCCUCAGGAUCUCAGUGUUUGGAUCGAUCCUUUUGAGGUGUCUUAUCAGAUUGGGGAAAAGGGACCCGUCAAGGUGCUCUAUGUGGAUGAUAGCAAUGAGAACGGGCUGGAGUUGGACAAGGAGAUCAAGAACAGCUUUAACCCUGAGGCCCAGGUUUUCAUGCCAAUCACCGAGCCUGUGGGACCCUCACCCACAUCCAGUUCACCGUCCCCUCCUUUUGGUCAGUCGGCUGCUGUCAGUCCCACCUUCAUGCCCCGCUCCACCCAGCCUUUAACCUUUACUACUGCCACAUUUGCUGCCACCAAAUUUGGCUCCACCAAGAUGAAGAGUAGUGGUCGCAAUGGCAGCAAAGUGGCACGGAGCUCCCCCACUAACCUGGGCUUGAAUGUGAACAACCUCCUGAAACAGAAAGCCAUCUCCACUUCGAUGCACUCACUCUAUGGCCUAGGCUUGAGUGGACAGCAGCAGCAGAAGACCUCGGCCCUGUCCCCAAAUGCCAAGGAGUUUGUGUUCCCCAGCCUCCAGGGCCAGGGCAGUCCAAGUGCAAUGUUCCCAGGAGAGAACUCACUCGGCCUGAGUCUCAGUCCUCUCCAAUACAGUAAUGCCUUUGACGUGUUCGCCACCUAUGGGGGCCUGAAUGAGAAAUCCCUGAUGGAUGGCCUAAACUUCAGCUUGAGCAACAUGCAGUAUUCUAACCAGCAAUUCCAGCCAGUAAUGGCCAACUAGGAAACAGAUGCUACUACAAUGACCAGAGAUAUGUGACUGGGGAUUGGAUGGGGGUGCUUAUUUUCUAAAAUUCUGAAAAACAGGAAAAAAAAGAGAGAAAAAAGGAAAAAC